AUGGGCUUACUUCGCUCUAUAGAUUUCUCAGUCAUCACAGAUGCUCUGGCACCAACUUUUGCCUUUCUGGUGGCCCUGCCACUGAUAGCCCUCAUCCCUCUCAUUUUCUUUACUUUCCUGACACUCGCGGUCGUCAUCAAUGUCCUUUCACAGGUCCUUUUCCGCAACCCCCAUAGAGCCCCCGUUGUCUUCCAUUUCUUCCCAUGGAUCGGCUCUGCUGUUGUCUACGGCAUGCAACCUUACGACUUCUUUGAAGCCAACCGCAAAAAGUAUGGCGAUGUUUUCGCAUUUGUCAUGUGUGGCCGUGUCAUGACUGUUUACCUUGGACCUAAGGGCCAUGAAUUUGUCUUCAACUCUAAGCUUCAAGAUGUUUCUGCUGAAGAAGCAUACUCCCACUUGACUACCCCAGUCUUUGGAAAGGGCGUUGUCUAUGACUGUCCUAACCAUAGACUCAUGGAACAAAAGAAAUUUGCCAAAUCUGCUCUCACAAAGGAAGCUUUCCGCUCUUAUGUCCCCAUCAUUGUUGAAGAGGUUCAAAAUUAUCUCAAAACUUCACCUUAUUACUACGAUAAUGAUCCUAAAAAGGAAACCGGUGUUGCCGAUGUUCUUAAAGGCCAAUCUCAAAUCACCAUCUUUACUGCUUCUCGCACUCUUUUGGGCCAAGAAGUCCGAAACAAGCUGAAUACUGACUUUGCUGAUCUCUAUGCUGACCUUGACAAGGGGUUCACUCCUAUCAAUUUUGUUUUCCCCAAUCUGCCCCUUCCUCACUACAAGCGUCGUGAUAAUGCCCAACGAAUCAUUUCUAGAACUUAUAUGGAUGUCAUUGAAAAGCGUCGCAAAGAAGACCAUGUUGAUUCUUCCGAGGAUCUUGUCGGAGCUCUCAUGGCUAAUGCCGUUUACAGAGAUGGCGUUCGCAUGACUGACCAGGAAAUUGCAAACUUGCUUAUUGGUAUUUUGAUGGGCGGCCAGCACACUUCGGCUGCCACAUCUUCUUGGUACCUUUUGCACCUUGGCCAACGCCCUGAUCUUGUUGAAGAACUUUACCAGGAACAGGUCCGUGUUUGUGGUAUUGAUCCCAUCACCAAAGAACUUAACCCACUUACUUAUGAUCAUCUUCAAGAAAUGCCUCUUCUUAACAAUACCAUCAAGGAAACCCUUCGUCUGCACUCCCCCCUGCAUUCUAUUUUCCGCAAGGUCAUGAACCCUCUCCCUGUCCCUGAAACAAAGUAUGUUGUCCCCCGUGGCCAUUACGUCCUCGUUGCUCCUGGUUAUACCAUGAUGAAUGAAAAGUACUUUAAACACUCAGAUCACUUUGAGCCCAAGAGAUGGGAAGACUCAACCAUUGAAAAGGAAGCUGCUGCUGCUGCUGCAACUGCUGACAGUGUCGACUACGGGUUUGGAGCUGUUUCCAAAGGUGUAUCAUCCCCAUACCUCCCCUUUGGUGGUGGCCGCCACCGUUGCAUUGGCGAGCAAUUCGCAUAUGUCCAGCUCGGAACCAUUUUGGCUUGCUUCGUUCGUGAGUUUAAGUGGGCUCUUAUUGACAAGCUCCCCGAGGUUGACUAUGAGAGUAUGAUUACCGUCCCCAAGGGUCCCUCAGAUAAAAUAAAGUGGAUCAAGCGUAAUUACUAA